AUGUCAAAUCAAUUCUACAUAGAGUAAGUUGGUAGACUAAAUGCGUAUUUAUGUGUUCUUUCAUUUUAUUGUUUUAGCGACAUAAAAAUAGUCUUUUAAUAAAACGAUAAUAUUGUAAUAAUCAUCUAACAUGUCUGAUAACGACGAUGAUUAUAUGUGUGAGGAAGAAGAGGACUAUGGCUUGGAAUACUCUGAAGAUAGUAAUUCAGAACCUGAUGUGGACUUAGAGAACCAGUAUUACAACAGUAAAGCAUUGAAGGAAGAUGAGCCUCAAGCAGCACUGCUCAGUUUCCAGAAGGUGUUGGAGUUGGAGGGAGGAGACAAAGGCGAAUGGGGUUUCAAAGCUCUUAAACAGAUGAUAAAGAUUAAUUUUAAAUUGGGGAAUUUUACAGAGAUGAUGACAAGAUACAAACAGUUGCUGACUUAUAUAAAGAGUGCUGUCACAAGGAAUCAUUCUGAAAAAUCUAUUAAUUCUAUUUUAGAUUAUAUAUCAACUUCUAGAAAUAUGGAACUGCUCCAAGAUUUCUAUGAAACAACAUUAGAAGCAUUAAAAGAUGCAAAGAAUGACAGACUCUGGUUUAAGACUAACACAAAAUUAGGAAAACUAUAUUAUGACAGGGGUGAUUUCAACAAACUGGCAAAAAUUUUAAAACAACUACAUCAAAGCUGUCAGACUGACGAUGGAGAAGAUGACCUGAAGAAAGGCACACAGUUGCUAGAGAUCUAUGCACUUGAAAUCCAAAUGUACACAGCCCAAAAGAACAACAAGAAGUUGAAAGCACUGUAUGAACAAUCUCUGCACAUUAAAUCGGCCAUACCACAUCCUUUAAUCAUGGGAGUUAUUCGAGAAUGUGGGGGAAAGAUGCAUUUGAGGGAGGGCGAGUUCGAAAAGGCGCACACUGAUUUUUUCGAAGCAUUCAAAAAUUACGACGAGUCUGGGAGUCCUAGAAGAACUACUUGUUUGAAAUAUCUUGUGCUAGCUAAUAUGCUUAUGAAAUCUGGCAUAAAUCCAUUUGACUCCCAAGAAGCUAAGCCCUACAAGAAUGAUCCUGAAAUACUCGCAAUGACUAAUCUAGUAAUGGCUUAUCAAAAUAAUGACAUCAAUGAUUUCGAAUCUAUAUUAAAACACAAUAGAAAUAAUAUAAUGGAUGAUCCAUUCAUUAGGGAACAUAUUGAAGACUUACUGAGGAACAUUAGGACUCAAGUGCUGAUAAAACUAAUUGGUCCAUACACUAGAAUACAUAUACCUUUUAUAUCAAAAGAGUUGAAUAUUGAUGAAAAGGAAGUGGAAAAUUUACUUGUGACAUGUAUUUUAGACAACACAAUAAGCGGCCGCAUCGACCAGGUGAACUCCGUGCUGGAGCUCGCGAGCAGCGCCCGCGGUGCAGCCCGGUACUCCGCACUCGACAAAUGGACCGCUCAGCUCGCCUGUCUGCAUCUCGCGCUCGCCAACAAGAUGGCUUAGCUGUACCCGAGACUCACCAGUUCACCAUUUAAUCAUAACCUGCCUCUAUAAUACACUUCAUAACUGCAUGUUAUGUUACGGUUGGACAGUUGGAAGGGUGGAAUAUAGAAGUGGAACUACUGGCUAUGGAGGAAUAACAUCGAAUUUCUUAAAAAUAGAAAUUAUUGAGGGUUACUAUGGGCGUCAUAGCAUACUGUGUGUUAAUAUUCGUGAUGCCCUUAAUAAUCCUUUAAAUAUGAAUUAUUUUAUGAACCUAUUAUUAAAGUCCAAAUUAGUCAUAUUCAUAAUCUGUUUUCUAUAAUUGACACAUGCAUCUGUUUUUUUUUUCGAAUUUCUUAAUUACUUAAUUUAGGAAAGACAACGCGCGCGGUAAACUCCGUUUACUAUCAAACGGGCUGUGUGCUUGUUUGCCAUAUAGUAGUAUAAAAAAUAAUAAUAAGAAAAUAGACUAAUAAAUUAAUACACAAAAAAAAAUCAUAGUUAUUUGAUUGUUUUUUGUAGUAAUAUUUUCUAAAAUGUGCCAAUUAUAAAAAAUCUGAUUAUAGGCUUCAUCUCCCUUCUACUGUCUAUGGCUCCAAAUGUUACAUUGUUCCACCUUUAAUAGUGAAUUGAAGAGUUUUUCAUCUUAAAAGGAAUAUGUUUUGGCAGUGGUGAUUGUCGAGUGGACGGAAUAAUCGUAUUGUAUUACAUCUUUUAAGUGAAAGCAUUAUUGUCCACAAACUUCAUUGUUCCAAGUUAUGUAUUUAUUUUAAUUGGACUGGAUUUGAUUCUGAAAUAAUAAUAAUAAUAAUAAUUUUUAUUUCAGACUUUUUUGUCCAUUAAAUAUUUAUUAGUCAUUUAUGUCAUUUCUCUAAACCUAUCUUUAAAAUGUCAAUUCGAUGUCACAGCUAAAUAUUUAUUGUAAAAAACAAUAUGAACUAUUUUUUUAAUAGAUAUAAGUCACAUUUAUUAUAGUUUCGGUUUAUAAUGUUUCACUAAACAGUAAUGUUGCGAAAAUAUCGAAUUAUAAUGUUAGGUUUAGAGAAAUAGUACCUGCGUAUCGGUCCCAUUGUAUGUUUAUAUUUUUAAUAUUUAUUUCGUAAAAAAUUCCACAGUUGGUGUUUAUAUAAACGUUAUUACAGACAGUUACACAAAUUAGUUUUACACGCUUCUUAUAUGUAUUAAAACAAUGAACACUUUUUUUUUAUUAUAUUCAAAUUUCAUUUAUUGUAACAGGGUCACAAUAUUAUACUAAGUUUAAAAUAAAUAUGCACACGACUAUAAUCCCUAAUGGGGUAGUAAGAGGCAAUAGUCAACUGGUGAAUGUAACAUUCACCACAUGUAGUAUAUGCCACAUUUCGCUAAAAAUAUUAUAUGUUAACCCUAAGAUAUAUAUACAGUGGUGGUCACAUAAUUAAAGACACUUAGAGGAAAUUAGUAUUUUCAAAGUUUACUUACCCUGUAUUUUUUUCUACAAUGUAGUAGGAGAUUGCAAUGUAAAUUAUUUUAUUCUAACGAUUAUCGAGAAUAUAUGAAAGGUAAUAAAGAUAACAAAAUAUUGUAUUUUAAAUAUUUAUUAAUUUUUACUUCAUUGUAGGCAGUACGAACUGAUGUAAAGUCUUGGCCAAUUAAUUAAAGACACAUAAAUUAAGUAACUAUAUAUAUUUUUUUUAUUGUAAAUAUUGAAACGGACUUAACUAUAAUUAGUUUUAGAUGUAUAAUAAAAUCAUAAAAGUUUGUUAUUAAUAUUUUGUAGCAUGUCCUUUAGCAGCAAUGACACCCUGACACCGCCUAGGCAUUGAAGCAAUCAAAUUAUUGCAGGUUUCGAUCGAUAUCUGCUCCCAUGCCUGUUUAAAUGCCGUGUAAAGUUGAUGCACAUUACUUGUACGUUUCUGUGUGAAUAUUUUUAAGCAAAUUCUAAUCUUUCUCUAAUACUUUCCUUCCUCAGAAGUGGGACCUUACGAGAAAUUCUUCCAAACAAACCUGCCUCGCAUAAUCGCCUUCGAACCGUUCUUGCGGACACUCUAUUAGUCCCCUCUACACCAAAUACUUCACAGCGAAUAGUUUCUGAUCGUUUGAAAGGAUCUUUUUUAACCAACAAUGCUAUUCUUGAGUCUUCUCGCAGGGUUGUUUUUCUCGGUCUAGGUUUCAUAGGCACGUUUUCCGUAGUAUUAUACUUCUUAAAAUGCCUAAUAGCGUUCAUCACCAUAUCUUUAGAGCAUCGCAAGUGAUUUGCAAUUUUCCUGUAUGACCAACCUUUGUCAUAAAAUUAAGAAUUAUCUUCCUUGUAGAAGGAUCGCAGCUUUUGCUUUUUCCCAUACUAAUUAAUUUUUUCACAAUACGGUAACUAGUUUUCACAAUACCAAAUACUUAUUCAGUUUUUUGGUCUAAACUAGCGUGUCACGAAAAUUGGCGGCAUAAUAAAAAAAAAAUCAAGAGUGCUCUUUUUAUUUUAAAUUUAGAACAUGAAUAAUGCGCUGUCUUUAAUUAGAUGGCCAGCGUAAAGCAACCAUAAAGUUAUAUGAAAUCUCAUAGUAAAAACAGUGCAAGGGACAUCUAUUGGUCAAAAUUGUUUGAAUAUAUACUAUUUAUAAUAUACCAAAUGAAUUGUAAAUUUUUCCUUUAUUUAUAUUGUUUUUAGGCAUUUUUAAAUUAGUAAAAUAAGGGCCCUGUUACACCGGUUUGUUUAUAAGUUUAUGUAACAUUACAGUGGGUGACCAUGGUAAAACUAUGUAGGUUUGUUGCAAUGAUAAAAAGAAAUUCUAGUGUCCGACCGAACUUCUGGUUUCGACUCCGCCAAUCUUAGAAUUUCAACUGAAAUCGAAAUUGCGUUUGGGAGUUAUUUUGUUACUAUUGGUGCUGUUGAUUGGUAUUUUUUUUUUUUCUGUUAAAAAUAUUUAAUCUAACAUUUUUAAAUAACAUAUAAUGUAAAGAAAAAUAUAUAUAUUACUAGAUGACUCAAUGAUUUUUGUAUUACCUAUAACGCAAUUUUCUAUUUUUAAUUUUUCGAUUUCAGUUGAGCUUUAGGUGUAUACCAAUUUAUUUUCUUUUGACCCACCCCUGUAUUAAUGCGAAUAAAACAAAAAAUUAAAUUGGUCAAGCCGUUUUUGAAUGAGAUUACCAAAAAGCAAUUUACAAGCUCAAAGGCAUCGGUACUAUAGGGAAAUAAAAGCGAUAUUUGGUUACACCUGUGAUUGUACGAUACAUAUAUUAAAAAUACGUACAUUUCGGUCGGACAUUAAUAAAUCUUUGUACUUUAUAUGGACAGUCUGAAAAUUCUGAAAUUAAUAAAUAACAGAUUUGUAAUAUUCAAAUAUAAAAUUAUGAUAUUUA